AUGAGUCAAAAGGCCGAGCAGAAAUGCUCCACGGACAGAGCAUUGCGCGUACGCGAGAGCCUGCGGUUGCAGUUGGGCGUGCUUGCGCGAACGAUACAUCUCGCGGGUAGCAUGCCAGCACCCCAGGCGAGCACGUGGUGGAGGCAGAGCCUCAUUGACAACCACAGUGGUAUAUACGUAUGGUGCAACCUUCCCUCGAACCACCUACAGUUAAGUCGAUCCGCGGGCGCCACCUGCAUGCUACAGCUGCGUGAGUACAAGAGCAGGAGUUCGACAUUCGCAGAACCUGCAACACGACAACACCCAUUGCAUAGUCCGCUUAGUAUGCCGAAAGCACAGUUGACAUUUACGACGACGUCCCCUCGGUUCCACCCGUACUCCCAGCAGUUGCGGCGUGCCUGGAAACGCGAAAUGCGACUGCGCGAAUCCCUGUCAAACUACCCAUUGUGGUUGCUUGAGAUGCUACAUCUCCUCAGUCGCUGUUAUAUUUAUGUGGGCAUAUUCGUCGUAGACCCCGAUGACUGGCCGGAUAUGUAG